CAUGCAUUUGUGUUUGAAACAAACUGAAUUAUCGUGUGUGGACACAAAGUAGAAUGUUCACUAUAUUUUAGAAAACCAGCCUAAUAUAUUAUAGUACUUAAAUUUACUAUACUAAUAAUAUACAGAAAUUGGACAUUUUUAAUUUAAGUGGCUUACACGUCUAAUUGUUUGGUCUCUGUUAGUGAACAAUUGUGUUUUCAAUUUGUGUUUGUGAUGGCUGAAAUAUGUGAACCAUUGACAUUAGUUAGAGAUAUAAAACGUGCGGUAGAUUUGCUAGAGAAGUUGCAAACUAGUGGUGAUUUUCCUACUACGAAAUUGGCUGCGUUGCAAAAAGUUUUACAAAGCGAAUUUUUGAGUGCUGUACGGGAAGUUUAUGAACAUGUUUAUGAAACUGUAGACAUUCAAGGUUCGCAAGAUGUAAGGGCUUCUGCAACAGCUAAAGCAACUGUAGCUGCUUUUGCUGCCAGUGAGGGUCAUGCACAUCCAAGAGUGGUUGAGCUCCCAAAAACUGAGGAAGGUUUAGGAUUUAAUGUAAUGGGAGGCAAAGAACAAAACUCUCCAAUAUAUAUUUCCCGUAUAAUACCUGGUGGUGUGGCUGAUAGACAUGGUGGAUUGAAGAGAGGUGAUCAACUGCUGUCUGUUAACGGAGUGUCGGUUGAAGGCGAAAAUCAUGAAAAAGCAGUCGAAUUACUUAAACAAGCAGUUGGCUCUGUAAAACUAGUUGUUCGUUAUACUCCAAAGGUUUUGGAAGAAAUGGAAUUACGUUUUGACAAACAGCGUACUACACGUCGUCGUCAAUAAACAUAAAUGCGUUUUGUCCUAAGUUUUGUUCAUAUGCGUGCUUAUUUUAAAAUUGUGCUAUUUAGUAUUUUACGUAUAUA